AUGGCGCACCCAGUCACAGCGGGGGAUUCGAAGAGCAAGGAUCAGACUCAGGCGCCUAUCAACACCUUCCACGACAUUGUCCUCGAUUACCUCCACACCCAAGCUUACCCCUCUACCGCACGCGUCCUCUCCGGUCCGCGCCCAUGGAAGCGCGCGACCGCGUCCGCUCUUGGCUCAAGCAGCAGUGGGGACUCUACAGGCGUCAACAGUGCGAUCGCCGAGGAGCUCGGGAAUGGUAAUGGCCACGGAAGCGGUAGUGGCGCCGGAAGUGGCACAGGGAAUGGGAAUGGGGCGAUCGGUCCGAUUGGAAGUGGAAGUGGGAGUACUCUGGCGAUAGGCACCGAGAGGGGUAUGGCUGUCGGUGCUGAGAGGGAGGAUUUAGGGAUGGAUAUUGAUGGGUCGAUAUACGGGAAUGGGAAUGGGUUGGUGGGGUUGAGUGCGGUGGCUACGAUGGGAGCGGGAGAGGACGAUGAGAUGGAGGGAGGGAUUGUGGGGCCGGGAAGACUGGUGGCGAUGGAGCGAAGGCGAGCUAUCCUCAACUUUAUCCUGAACGGAGCCAUCAUGCGUGCCGUCGACUCACUAAACAACUGGUUCCCCGCCGUCCUUACCGACCCUCCGACCCCCGUCCCCACAGUCCCCACCUCCUCUCUGUCCGCAACCGCCACCCCAUACACUAGCACUUCUACCCCAGCCCGGGACUUCAGCUCCAUCCCGCGCCACGCCACGCCCCCCGGCGCGCCCAUGAUGACCGCCUACUCUCGCCCGCCACUUGAUAUCCGUCGAGAGCGGGAGCGCGAACAAGAACGGCUAGCCCCAGUCCUCACUAUCCCGCCUCCGCCACUCACCUCACCAUCCCCUUCCCCACCCAAGGCGGUCUCACCUCCCCCAUCAUCUUCCCCUUCGCACGCUAUCCCGACCUUCCAGACUUCCUACCUCCCCUCGCACGUUCGCCUCAAUCUCCAGAUCCAGGCAUUCAUCGAGUCGUUCCGACAGAUGGCUCCCCCCUCAGUCCCUUCCUCGCCAUCGUCUUCCCUCGGCUCCCUCUCUUCGUCCUUGCAUCUCCCGUCGUCAUCUGGAGUGACGCUAACGAAUGCGCUCACGGCCGCGCAGGGGCUGCAUCAAGAGGCAAAGAAGUUGAAUCCGGCGGAUAGGGCGAUAUAUCUGCAGGAGAUCAAGGAUGUGGGGGCGCUGUUUGCGUAUACGGAUCCGGAGAGCAGUAUACUGGGCGGGUUCUUAAAGCAAGGCAGGAGGAUCGCGCUGGCUGAGCAGAUCAAUCGGGCUAUACUGCAUGCCGAAUCACAUCCCACUCGAUCCAAGCUCGAACGGACAGCUCGGGGCGUAUCGGCGCUGUAUAGUUACAUGUCAGAACGCAAGAUCGACACCACGCCAACAUGGACCGCGGCAGACGGGCCCGCAAAGGAGGAAUUGGCAGUGUAUCUCCGCAACCUGCCAAAACGCGGUUUCGCACUCAAGGACUUUAUCGGGAACUUUUCGACCUGA